AAGUCCUUAAAAUGUUCAGGGUAGCAAGAACAAAGUACAGUGACUGCACUACACCUGUGAGUUCCAGGUAGAAGAGGGUGAUGCUGACAUGGUCAAAGACCAUUGCAGGGACAGAAGAUGAGGGUUGAGAAACUGAAUUUUGACUCACAGCUGAGUAGUUUCGAUGUUGGCUGUUGGAUUCUUGGAUAAUGAUUUACCAGUACAAUGACUUGUUAGUUCUUGCUUUGGUGUUAGAACACUUUGCCAAAUAAGACAGUGUUGAGUGACACAUGCCAGUUUGCUGUUACUUCUCCUAAGCACGUACUAGAUUUGAAUGAUUGUGGGACUCUGCAGUGGUGUGGGUAUUACUGCCGUUGACCUUGGGUUAGCUGCCCUCUGGUGGAAUUCUGAUCCCACUUUGUCAGCCUGAGUUGAGCAAUAGAUAACACUCCCUUAGAAAAGGUCAGGCGUCCUCUUCUGACCAAGUACUUUUUUCUUUCUUUCUUUUUUUAAAUGGUGGACCAAGGUGUAAAAUUUAUGUUGAUUUGGUAUAACCUGGAAUAGAGUCAGCUUGUGGGAUUAAAUGAGGACCUAACUAACUAAUCCAGCAAGGUAAAGAAGAAUGGUAUUCUCCCAAAACCUAGACACUUCCCCUUUCUGUCAGCAUUUGAUGGUGGUAUUUUGGGGGCACUGGACAUCAGCAGUUUGAAUGUUAACCCCUGCACAGAUAGGGGAUUAUAUGUCUCCUGAACACUCUAGAAACCACGAAGACGUCCCUUUAAAUGAAGCAUGGGCCACCAACCUGGUUAGCAGCCAGGGUGCACAUACUCUAUGAAGGAACCUUAUCUUGAAAGCGGCAUGAUUGACUUCCAUAUAUCAUCUUUGAAUAUGAAUGAUGUUCCCAGUUUCAGCAUGUCCUCAUAGAGACCAACAGACCAGGUUUAUUCUUUCAGGAAGUUUCUCAACACCGGAAGUUGUAUGUUAUCUGCACAUGGACUGGAUUGCCCUCUGACUCAUACAAACAUCGGAAAAAUGAAAGAAAGAUCACAGCUUUCCCAGACUGGGAGAAAAAAAUAUGGAAUGCGGUGUACCACUGACUGACCAUAACCAAAUGAACUGUACCGACAGUAGUUUGAAAGCCAGCAGUUAACAAUUUCUUCAGACUUCAACAUUGUCCAGCACUUUCCAGAGUAGACUCACUGUUUACAAGAACUCUUGGCCUCCCGAAGUUAGCAACCUCAAAUUUUGUUCAUUUAAAUUAUUUCUGCAAAAGAAAAGUACCCCAGAGCCCAUUUUCCAAAAUGGCCGUGGAAGGGUAUCUGUGGAUGGUCGUUUUGGGUUUCAUUAUUGCUUUCAUCCUGGCAUUUUCUGUUGGUGCAAACGACGUUGCCAACUCCUUUGGAACCGCGGUGGGCUCUGGCGUGGUGACCCUCAGACAGGCAUGCAUUCUGGCUUCAAUAUUUGAAACCACUGGCUCCGUGCUCCUGGGAGCAAAAGUGGGGGAGACCAUCCGGAAAGGCAUCAUUGACGUGAACCUAUACAAUGAGACCGUGGAGACGCUCAUGGCCGGGGAAGUGAGCGCUAUGGUCGGGUCCGCUGUUUGGCAGUUGAUCGCAUCCUUCCUGAGACUCCCGAUCUCAGGGACGCACUGCAUCGUCGGCUCUACCAUCGGCUUCUCGCUCGUGGCCAUUGGCCCGAAAGGAGUGCAGUGGAUGGAACUCGUCAAGAUUGUUGCCUCCUGGUUUAUAUCUCCACUUCUUUCUGGCUUCAUGUCUGGUGUGCUGUUCAUACUAAUCAGAAUGUUCAUCCUGACAAAGGAGGACCCUGUUCCAAACGGUCUCCAGGCACUGCCUCUGUUUUAUGCUGCUACUAUAGCGAUAAAUGUCUUUUCCAUCAUGUACACGGGAGCACCAGUGCUGGGCCUGUCGCUCCCCAUCUGGGCAAUAGCACUCAUAUCCUUCGGUGUCGCUCUGCUGUUUGCUUUCUUCGUGUGGCUGUUCGUGUGUCCGUGGAUGAAGAGGAAAAUAGCAGGCAGAUUAGAGAAGGAGAAUGCUCUGUCCCGUGCUUCCAACGAAAGCCUCAGGAAAGUACAGGAAGCUGAGUCCCCGGUCUUUAAGGAGCUCCCUGGUGCCAAAGCCAGCGAUGACAGCGCUGUCCCCCUCACCAGCCUGGCUGGGGAGGCUGUGGGGGCCUCAGAAGGCACAUCAACAAGCAACCACCCCCGGGCUUCCUAUGGACGGGCACUUUCCAUGACUCAUGGCUCUGCAAAGUCACCCAUCUCCAAUGGUACAUUUGGCUUUGAAGGCCACAUGAGGAAUGACGGUCACGUUUAUCAUACUGUACACAAAGACUCGGGGCUCUACAAAGACUUGCUGCACAAAAUCCAUGUAGACAAGGGCUCCGAGGAGAAACCAGCUCAGGAAAACAACUACAGGCUGCUUCGGAGGAACAACAGUUACACCUGCUACACUGCAGCCAUCUGUGGCAUGCCGGUGCAUGCCACCUUCAGAGCCACGGACACCUCCUCUGCCCCCGAGGACAGUGAGAAGCUAGUGGGUGACACUGUGUCCUAUUCCAAGAAGCGGCUCCGCUACGACAGCUACUCCAGCUACUGCAAUGCUGUGGCUGAGGCAGAGAUUGAGGCCGAAGAGGGUGGUGUGGAAAUGAGGCUGGCCUCUGAGCUGGCCGAUCCUGACCAGCCUCACGAGGACCCCACGGAAGAAGAGAAGGAGGAGAAGGACUCCGCAGAGGUCCACCUGCUGUUCCACUUCCUGCAAGUCCUCACGGCCUGCUUUGGGUCCUUCGCUCAUGGUGGCAAUGACGUGAGCAAUGCUAUUGGUCCCCUUGUGGCUUUGUGGCUGAUAUAUGAACAGGGUGGAGUCACACAAGAGGCUGCUACUCCAGUCUGGCUGCUGUUUUAUGGAGGAGUCGGCAUUUGCACAGGUCUCUGGGUUUGGGGCAGAAGAGUGAUCCAGACCAUGGGGAAGGAUCUCACACCCAUCACACCCUCCAGUGGCUUCACUAUUGAACUGGCCUCUGCCUUCACCGUGGUAAUCGCCUCUAACAUUGGGCUUCCUGUCAGCACCACACACUGCAAGGUGGGCUCCGUGGUAGCAGUGGGCUGGAUCCGCUCGCGGAAGGCUGUGGACUGGCGCCUCUUCCGGAACAUAUUUGUCGCCUGGUUCGUGACUGUGCCCGUGGCUGGCCUCUUCAGUGCCGCUAUCAUGGCUCUCCUCAUGUACAUAUGUGGUCUUUUUUCUUCCAGUCGGUAAACGGUUAUAGAGAUGCUCUGACAUGGCCAUGAUACUCACAACUGCCACCCCUGCUUCUUCUGACACAUGCACACCCCUUCCAGAUGGCUCCGUGCCGCCCCUGCUUACCCAGGCCACCGUUCCUCUUCCAGAACUAACCUACCUACUGUACAUAGUAGUAUACGUCAGGCUGACGCUGUGAUGACGUGUGUGGUGCGGUUACUUAUAGUAAAUAUAUAUUGUGUACCUAGAAUAGGUAGCUUUUAUUCCAAACAAACUCAGAAUUAAAGCGGAGGGCGUUGCCUAGAGUGCAAUACUCUGUUAACUGUAUAUAAUGAUCUCAGUGGUGGCGAGUGUAGAGUAUAAAAUUCUUUUUUAAAUACACUGUAAUAUAAGUGAGAUACAGUAUACUUAAUGCAAACCUGGGCAAGUGCUCAGGCCCUUGUGUGACUGCAUUAUGCUGGGACAGGUGUUCACAAGUGCUUUCUCUGAAGAAUGUGUUCCUGAGCUGCGUCUGAGUUACUGUGUCAUGUAUCACAAUUGCUUUUGUAAAUACUCAAUCUGUAAUUUUAACGGUAUGCAUCCCUUACACUUUUUUGAUUGGAGAAUAUUUGGAAAGUACCAAAGAAAUAUGGGAUAACUUGCCAGUGUUCCAUCUUCCCGUUGUUUGUCUCCCUUCCCACCGGCCACGACAGUGAACUUGGCUCAUCCACCAGCAGCAGUCAGGCGGCUGCCACACCAGACACUGGUGAGCUUGUUCAGUGGCUUUCACUGUCACCAGCGUGGAUGACAUACGGCAAUGGGGGUGUAGAGUUAAACACUACAUACAUAUCAAGUCCAGCCCCAGUGUCCCUGCUGCCAUGCCCUGUGACCUGAAAAGCAGGAUUCUUGUUGCAGUCAUUAAAGCCAAUGAGGCUCUUGAUGGGCCUGGAUGCUGCAGACUCAGGGCUGAGCAGGAUGGACUGGCAGGACACUGGGCUUUGGGGUUCUUUGAGGCCUUUUCUAUGUAGAACAUCUGAGGUUCUCCUGUGGAGCCACUAUUCUCUUCUGAUGGUGAGAGAGUCAGUGUGAGUAAAAUGUGUAGAGCCUGAAACCAUGGAAAUGCUGCUAAUAUUUUUAUAUUGACAUACAUUUUCACGGUACUUCACUGUAAUUUUUUCAUUAAUCAAGCAUAUUAAAUUUAUAAUAAAAAGUGCCCCUCAAAAGUUUACUU